AUUGGAGAAGCCAAAACGUGAGGUUUAAACUAGUGUCGCCGGCGAGAACCUUGACUGCUGAGGCUUCUUCUUCGGACCAUUACUUUGGAAUCAAGACAAAUCUCCCACUAGAUAUGCAAUAAACUCGAACGAAACAAGAAAAAGAAAAUUUGAAUUUGGAAAAUUGGUGUGAAUGGGUAGAUGGAGAGCAGUUACUGCUCUUCUUCUUCGUCAUAAUCAAAAACUCAAUUCUCCAAAGCCUUCUUCUCCACGUAUUUGGAAACACCAGGCCACUGGUUUCCGUCGAAGCCAAGCUUCUUGCUUGCUUGAUCUCCGAUGCUUUUCAGCGUUCCCUUCUCCGAUUUCGAUUUACAACAAUGACUCUGAUUCUGGGUCGAGCGAUGUUUAUCAAAACUACGACUUUGGAACAAAGGAAGAGGAAGACAAAGGGAAGAUCCCUGUCAAAGCCUAUUUUCUCAGUACUAGUAUUGAUUUGAAGGGCAUGCAAGCUGACAAUUUGUGUUAUGUUGUUCCUCCUACCUCCCGCUCUACCAACUCUAUUGCCCUUAAGUUUUCUGAUUCUUCUUCUGGAUUCCCUACGCUGGACGAGAGGGAGAGUGUAAGCAGCUGCCGGUUCAUGGUUGUCUUUCAGUACGGUUCUGCUGUUCUUUUCAAUGUUGAUGACAAUGACGUUGAGUCUUAUCUCGACAUUGUUCGUAGAUAUGCUUCUGGCUUGCUUACAGAAAUCAGAAAAGAUGAUUAUGCUGUUAAGGAGAAGCCUUUGUUGACUGAGGAAAUGCGAGGUGGCCCUGACUACAUUGUUCUCAAAACGUUGGAUACUGAUAGCAUCCGUAUAAUUGGGAGUGUGCUUGGACAAAGUAUUGCAUUGGAUUACUUUGUUUCUCAGGUUGAUAAGUUGGUGGAAGAGUUUGCUGGUAUAAACCGUGGAAUGGAGAAAACGGGAACUUUCACAAUGCACAGGAAAAAGCUCUUCCAACUUGUAGGCAAGGCUAAUUCUAAUCUUGCUGACGUCAUUCUCAGAGUUGGUUUGUUUGACAGAUCCGAGAUUGCUUGGAGAGAGGCGAGAUAUGCUCAGAUCUAUGAGUACCUAAGAGAAGAGUACGAGGUCACUCAGAGAUUCGGGAAUCUAGAUUUUAAGCUAAAGUUUGUAGAGCACAACAUUCAUUUCCUCCAAGAGGUGAUACAGAACCGAAAAUCAGAUCUUUUGGAAUGGUGCAUUAUCUUCUUACUCACCAUUGAAAACGUUUUGUCUAUUUACGAGAUUGUCCGAGAAUCCACAGGAGUUUCACUUCUGUGAACAUCAUUCUUUUAUUAUUUCUCAGAGUAGUUCAUUUGUUUGAUUCUUGGUUUACAUCUGUAAUAAAAAACAACAUGACUAGCUAGCUUCCGCUGCUUAUGCCACAUUACGGUUUUGUAAGUUAAGAUCAAAUACAAAUGUUAUGAUUCCUUCUUUUUGAUAACA